AUGCAAGAACGUAGGGAAUCAUUUUUCAUACACACAUAUAGUUGUAUGUAUACAUAUGCGUAUAUACAUGUGCAAAAUGGCAUUGUUUUGUCGUUAGCCCAAACGUAUGCUGUAGCAGUGCCUCCACAUUCGCCUGCGCCGAAUUUCAUGCUGGCUGGGAGUUCUACUGUGAAUGGCACAGUCCAGCACGCAAUGAUGGACGACGGCAAUGAGCAUGGCUCCAGUUUGCACAGCCGCUUGAAGACGGAGUUCGACGAAGUCAUGAGUACCAGCAUGCAGCGUCGUUUAUCACGUCUUCGGGAGGAAGUGGAUGUGCUUUUCAGUACAUUGCAGACUGGUACCACGCCCAACGGCUGUGGUAGCCACAAGCAAGCUGCAAGCGCUUCGUCUGCUUCUGCUACGGCUGGGCCGGACACUAAACCGCUCUGUGAAACGGUUGCCAAAGCUAUGCGCCGUGCCAACAAGUGCGCGCUGGAGCAGACCAAGCAGUAUGGCCCAUCGGAGCAGCAAGUUGGAAAGGUGACGCCCCCGGAAAAGGACGAAGGCCUUGUGAUGGAGGGCACAACCUUGCGUGCCUCACUUUCUAGUCUGGAACAGUCCUUGGCUUCGCGGUCGAAGCAGAUUGUUCACCUCACCGAACAGCUGAAGGCAUGUGAAAAAACCCGGGAAGAGAGACAACUCCAGGCUGAAGAGGCCAAAUCGAAAUGCUCUCAGCUCUCCGGCGACUCAAGCCAGCUGUUGAAGAUUUGUCAAUCUUAUUUGGAGAAGAGGCGCGACAGAGUGGAGCGCAUGAGCAAGGACACAGCUUUCCAGAAGCAGCAAGCGAAAUAUUAUAAGUCCUUGGCGCACCAGCAACGGGCCUUCUACCUCCAGUCGGAGCGGAUUGCGGCCUGUGGUGGCAAAGAUUCCAUCGCACGACAUCGAGCAGGCGAGUUGGCGCUGGUUUCUCAGCCGCCCACCUUGGAGGACGACAACACCCAGGAGCUCUUUGAUGUCGGUACAGCAGUCGCCAACCCCUAUGUGUGUGAUUCUUGGCCAUUUGAGCCAAAUGUUCUCGCAAAGCGGACACCGCAGGAGUCUUCAAUGCCAGCGUUUGAAGAGGAGACCGAGGAAGAUCUCAGAGAGGCGGAAAGGGGCUUCCGGACGAAUCCUUUCCGUGCCGGAGCGCGUGGUUUCAACCGUGGCUUUGAUGACGACGAUGACUUCGAUCGUCGGCCUAGCAGUGCAAGAAGCUUGUGA